GGAGUGCUGGCGCUCAUGUUCGUGCUCUUAUUUUGCCGUGGCGUUGUGACGUCAUAUGUGUGCGCUGCGCUGCUGUUUUGUUGUAAAUCUGCUGAAGCAAGGUUUGUUUUUUCCUUUGCUGGUGCUGGGAUGUCCAGUAGAUGGCGCUAUUGUCUUGAUCACUUGUUCCCUUGGAGUGCAUUACAGGCCACUAUUAUAAAGAUGACGUUUAUUAAACAGGAGAGUGAAGACAUCAGGAUUGCAGACGUGUUCACACUGAAACAGGAAGAUCCUGAGAGGACUGAAGAAACAUUCAGAGUCAAACAUGAAGAUCCUGAGCAGCUAACAGACCUGAAGCCACCAAAAGUGGAGGAUGAAGAAGAGGAUGAGUUUGAUCUCAUGACUAUAGUCGAGUCUAUACGGGCUGAAAGGACUGCUUCAUCAGCAAACGCUGAAAGGGAAGAAACUCCAAGCAUCUUCACCUGUCAGGAGUGUAGAAUAGGCUUCAGUAAAGAAACAGACUUUGACGCUCACAUGAGAAAACACGCCAGAAAAAGGCGCUAUAAUUGCUCUCAGUGUGGAAAGGGGUUCAGUCUGAUCGGACUCCUCAACAGGCACAUGACCGUUCACACCGGAGAGAAACCCUUCACCUGUGAGCAGUGUGGAAAGAGCUACAGCACAAAGUUCAGCUUUACCAACCACCUGAACACUCACUCCGGAGAGAAGCCGUACAAAUGCUCUCACUGCGGGACGAGAUUCAAGACCUAUGGCUCCAAGUAUUCCCACAUGAAAACCCACACCCUGAAAUACAAAUGCUCCCAGUGCGAAAGGUCUUUCAGUCAGAGAGCAAACCUCGAAACCCACUUAAGAGUUCACACUGGAGUGAAACCCUUCACCUGUGUGCUGUGUGGAAUGAGCUUCACCUCUAAAUACAGUCAGGAGUCUCACCUGAGCACUCACGCUGAAGCACAGCCCUUUAUCUGUGCUCAGUGCGGGAGGCGUUUCACUAGAGAGAGUUACCUCCGGCGGCACACGAAGGUUCACGCGGUAGAGAAGACGUUUAAAUGUGGCCAGUGUGGAAAGGGUUUCAUGGUCAAAAGAAAUUAUCAGUAUCACAUGACGAUUCACAUCAAGGAGAGGUUGUUCCCCUGUGAUCAGUGUGGAAAGAGGUUUUCGCAUCAACUGAGCCUGAACGCCCAUAAGAGACUCCACAGACAGAACUAUUUAACCUGUCAGCACUGUGGAAAGGGUUUCAAUGAUAGAGUCAUGCUUAAGGUCCACAUGACAAUCCACACCGGAGAGAGACUCUACAAGUGCGGCCAGUGUCAGAAGAGUUUCAGACAUCGCGCUGGCCUACACAGACACAUGAAGGAUCAUGCCGGAUAAACCUGUGUUAAAGAAUAUGUAAGAAGAAAUGGUCGAAGUAGAGACGCACUUACUGAAUUAAUGUGAUGGGACGCAUUAAUGGACCAAGCAGCACACGUUUCCAGCACAGUGUAAAGCAUCUGAUGUGUUGUUUAGCUCAUUUCUGAAACGCCUCAGCCAAAGUCUGUCACCACAGUGCUUCAGUAUUAUAUUGAUUAUUCCCUUCACAAUACACUGUGGAAAUCAGUAUUGGCAGUAACUCUUAACGGAAGUGCAGAGGCAGCUCAAAGUCAUGUGACCCAAAUCAUCAAACAUAUUGAGACACACUAGUGCGCUAAUUCAUUACGUAACAAGACGCUAAGCUUCUGCUGCGGUCACACUAGAGUUUGAGCUUGCGAAAUUCUGUCGUCUGGCACUGCAAAAAGGGGCGGGAUUAAACAAUAUGAUUAGAUAUUAAUAAAGCGAGCGAUUGCUCCAUGUUUUAAAGUUCUGUCCAGAGAGGUCCUGCGUUGAUCCUCGAUUGGUCUCACGCAGUCAAGUGAUGCGAUUUCACAGGUCAGAGUUCACCAAGCUUGAACUUUCCUAUGCAGUGACCUGCGAAACUUGCAGCACGAGCUUGCGUUUCCGGUCUGACGCAUUCGCGUGCAUUUGAAUGGAAGUCUAUGACGGGAGAAACGUCUACCUACUGAUUCACCACCUUGGGAGCUAGGUUGCUAAUUGAGACAACCUUAGGGGCUGAUCACACCGUCUGAUGCGCCUCGCGUUUUUACUAUUGCACGAUGUGCGCUCGCAGUUGAAAAAAGUCACCUCUGAGCGGGAAACGUGUUACGUCAGUGACGUCUUUUUCAUUCUCCAAUCAAAUGAAAGCAGAGGCGGGGUUUCUGUUGAGUGACAGCAGUGUUUGGGAUAUCAAGACGACUACAGAGACUUUUAAAGAUGGAGGAGAGACUAGCGGUCGCUGUUUUGAGUUAUCUGGAGCUGAAGGACUUACAGAUCUAUAUAAUAUCACAAUAUUGUUAAAUAUUAAUUAUAUUAAUAUCAACAGCAACACUCGAACAAUAUGCAGCUGACUCAGUCGUUGCCUAUCGACAUUAAAAGCCCACCACGCUCCUCUUAUUUCUUGCCUCAUUUUUUGGGACGUAAAGACGUGUUCGGUGUGAUCAGCCCUACUCUGACACCAGGUCACCCCUGAUCGACCCCUGAUCAGGUUCGCUUAGUUUUCAGGUCUCAAAUUUAAAACCGCUUCACUGAAAAAUGUGCUGACCUUUUUAUUAUUGUCUUCAAUAUUUACUUUCUCUUAAACAAUAAAAAUAUACAGGAAAUCUGCACUGAGCAGUCUUUGUGUUAACUUCUGUCACCUCACAGACCAGAAAUCCAAUAUCCAGCAUGCUAAAAUGCUAGCACACCUAACCCCGCCCAUCACAGUGAUGUCACUAGCUCUGCUGAGGGCAUCUGUGUGAUUCUGUGUUCACACCAGACGCGGAAGAAGUGCCAAACAUGAUUGAUUUACAUGUUAAGUCAUUGCAAAGACCCGAAUGGACAUCCUGCGGCGCGAUUGACACUAUUCGCGAGAAUGAAGCGGCUCAAGUUGAGGAUUUUGCGCGAUUGACAUGCUUAACGCGCGUAUUACUCGAGUUGGAAAAUCUGAACUUCAACUGACGUUCACGCCGUAUUAACCAAUCAGGAGCUUGCUCUUGUUGGGGCGUGAUUAUGAUGUAGCACCUGUUGUUGGUGUCCCGGGGGAAAUUCUCUUGCCGAUACCGGAUAUCUGGUGUGAACUCAGCAUGAGUCUGCAGCUAUUAAAUUCCAGACCAAUCAACUGAUUCGAGCCCGCGUGGGGUCAGAUGAGAAAGCCAACGAGAGAGCUGAUUAGCCGUUGUGUUCAGGAGCUCAACAGAAAUGUCUGUGAUUGGCUGGAAUGGUCAUCGAUGCACUGGCUUCACUCUGCAUUUACACGAGAGCAUGUUAAAGCCGCGUCUAUCAGCUGAACUGUGCAGAUAUAUGAGCGAUCCAUCUGCUGAUAGAUCGGCUGAUUGACGAUGCUUUCAAACGCUACCUUGAACGCUUUCAGAAAGAUUUGCAAUGCUGUGCGUCACAUGUGCGGUGAUGUCAUCAUCACUCAAAUCAAACACUAGCAGAUUACUGUGGUAUAAACACAGCAAUGAAAAUAAAAGAGAGAGAGAUGGACUUAGUCACUUACCUGCUCUGUAAUGAUUUGAUCAGCUGUAGUUUGACAUUACGCUGAAGAAAUGCUUUUUUUUUCAGACCCCAAAGGAUUAUUAUGCUUUCUCUGUCGCCAUCUUGUGGCAGAAUGUCACCCGUCAAUUUCUUUGAAAGGCUGAUGGCGGCCGAUGUACUGAAUUUCCAAAAUUAUGCAAACAUAUUUUAAAAUAGGCAGUAUCCUUAUAAAUAAACUGCAUAGCUGCAAUCUAAACACUUACAUUCUCUUCUAAAAAAAGCCUCAAAAGUACAUUAUGUUGUCCAACAGCUGCAAUAUUUGUCAAACUGUAGUAAGUUUAUUAAUCUGCUGCCACUCUAUGUUGGCGGAGCGAUACACAAGGG